AUGUCAAGACAAACAAGAUCCACCGCGAAGAAACUGACGCGUCUUAACGCCUCAAACCCUCCCUUACAUCCUCCACGCGUCCCUACUUUAGAAACCCAACUCUUCAACACACCCUCAUCAUGGGAAUCCUGGCUCAACACCAAUCAUAGCACAAACGCAACCGGCCUCUGGCUCAAAAUUGCAAAGAAGGACUCAGGCGUGACAUCAGUAACCUAUGACCAAGCGCUGGAUGUAGCGCUGUGCUAUGGCUGGAUCGAUGGCCAGCGCAAGGCUCUUGACGCGCAGCAUUUCAUUCAGCGCUUCACGCCACGUCGCAAAGGGAGUAUGUGGUCUCAGCGAAAUGCGAACAAAGUCGCGUCGUUGAUUGAAGCGGAACGUAUGAAACCCGCUGGACAGGCGGAGAUUGACGCGGCGAAGAGUGAUGGGCGGUGGGAUAGGGCGUAUUCGUCGUCGAGUAACGCGGUUGUUCCGGAGGACUUUCAAACGGCGUUGGAUGGGAAUGAGGCUGCGGGUGAGUUUUUCAAGGGUCUUAAUAGAACGAAGAGGUAUGCUUUUAUACAGCGGUUGGAAACGGCGAAGCGGCCUGAUACGAGAAUGAAAAGGAUUGAGCAGUUUAUCACGCUUCUUGCAAGCGGGAAGUCUCUGGGAUGA